AUGGAAGAAGAUUGGAUUAAAGUGGAAAUAAAGCACGAGUACAGCGACGAAGAUUCCGAAUUCAUCGAUUGCCUCAAGAGCGUCGAUAAUUUCGACUACGGAAUCGAAACGGUCAUAAAACGAGAGCGCGAACAACUCGGAACGAACAAAAGACGCGCAAAGUCGCAUAGAAAAUGCAAUUGUACCGCCGACGAAGACGAUUCGACGACGGAAACAGCCGCAGUCGCCCGGCCAAAGUGCAACGUUAAUUCGAAAACUCGCUCAAUUAAACGCGACAUUCACAAACGUUAUAAUUGCGACGUUUGCCGACGCAAUUUCCCGGCACAGCGAGAUUUGAAAAACCAUUUAUGCGUCCUCGACGCCGCUAAACGCUAUACGUGCCACGAAUGCGAUCAACCAUUCGACGAUAAAGUCAAAUUGAAGAGGCACAUAUUGAAACACAGCGGCCGGAAGGAGUUCAAAUGCAACGCCUGCGACAAAGCCUUCUACUUAAACAAACAUUUAACGCAACAUCGAUUGACGCACACCGGAGAGAAGAAAUUCAAAUGCGGCAUUUGCGAGAGGAGCUUUUCGCAGUCCGGCCAUCUGAAAACCCAUUUGGUCACGCACACCGGCGAGCGGAAAUUUCGAGACAACUUUAAUCAGAUAAAAGUCGGGGUGUUGCGUUACCAUAUUGCGCCGCCCCGGAGAGGCGGCGGCGGCGCCGGCGGCAUCCACUUCGGGACUGCAAAGUGCCAAAACGGGUUGACGGAACGACAGCGCGGGGGUGCAUUCGAGCAAGCGGCGCGUAACCGAUAUGAAAGGGGAGUCGCGAAACAUCUAACCAGCUGCCAAGACAGCUUCAACCCGCAGUGGCGUCCUCGAAAACAUCCUAAUCCUGCGAUUUUAGGGGUUGCACCACACUCUAUUACCACCACUAAUACAUCGAUAUCAUCAACGAAAUCUACUCUUGCUAUCGAACGCGUUUAG